UUUUUACUCUUCACUUUGUAGUUUAGUUUAAGCCUUUUCAGCUUUUUAUUGUUGUCUCUAGCAAAAUUCUCCUAAAGCCUAACUCAACGCUAACUCGUUUCCUUCUUUAUUCCAAUUCUCUGCUUCUGGUACCUGCAAGAAACAUCCUAAGAGGUGAUAAGAAAAUGCAGUUAUAUCAUCAUCCGUUGGAUUUGGACAGCCAGAAGGUUAGACUUGCAUUGGAGGAGGAAGGUGUAGAUUAUACAUCUUACCAUGUCAAUCCCAUAACAGGCAAGAAUUUGGAUUCCUCAUUCUUCAAGAUGAAUCCCAGUGGAAGACUCCCAGUUUUCCAAAAUGGCUCUCACAUCAUUUACAAUACUAUUGAUAUAAUCCAGUACAUAGAAAGAAUUGCCGUGGUCUCCUCAGGGGCUGAUAGCAUCAGUACUAGCAGCAGGGAAGUGAUUGAAUGGAUGCAGAAGAUACAAGAAUGGGAUCCCAAGCUUUUCACACUUUUCUAUAUACCAGAGAAAUACCUCCAUUAUGUUUCUAAGUUCAUAAGGCGAGUGGUGAUUGCUCGCAUGUCUGAAUCACCCGAAUUAGCAAGUGAUUACCAUAGGAAGUUGAAAGAAGCCUAUGAGACUGAAGAGAAAUUGAAAGAUCCAGAUGUUUUGAGGAGAAUCAAGGAUCAUUUGGUUAGAUUGCUUGAUGAAGUGGAGAGGCAGCUAAGUGAAACACCUUAUUUAGCAGGUCAAGAGUUUACCAUGGCUGAUGUGAUGCUCAUUCCAGUAUUAGCUCGUUUAGAACUCUUGAAUUUAGAGAAUGAGUACAUAACUGGAAGGCCAAAUACUUCUGAGUACUGGAUUUUGGUUCAGCAAAGGCCUAGUUAUAAAAAUGUGAUUGGUAAGUACUUCAAUGGUUGGAGAAAACACAAAACACUGUUGAAAACAUGGUGCUUAGUUCGUAUUAGAAGUUGGCUGAAGAGGUACUAG